CUGAAAGGGAGGACGUAGGCUGGAGCUGGGGCGGGAGAAGCCGACCCGAGGCCCUAGGGUGGGCCGGAGGGUGAGAAACCCGAAGCUACCAGGAGGCGGUGAUUCCGAGUGCGCGGGUCCGGUGGCACCUCCCACGGGUCGGCCGGUGUGUGAGAAGAUUGAUGCGCUUCUCCGUUCUGCCUGGGGACUCGGGCGUGGCUGGAGCCCCUGUGUGGGAGCGAGCCCCGACGAGGUGGAAUGGCCCCAAGGCCACCAAAGGCCGCGCUCCAGGAAUCGGUAACAUUCAAAGAUGUGGCUGUGGAUUUCACCCAGGAAGAAUGGUACCACGUGGCCCCUGCUCAGAGGAUCUUGUACAGGGAUGUCAUGCUGGAGAACUAUAGCCACCUGGUUUCUCUUGGGUACCAAGCUUCCAAGCCCGAGGUGAUCUUCAAACUGGAGCAAGGAGAAGAGCCAUGGAUCUCGGAGAGAGAAAUCCAAAGACCUUUCUGCUCAGAUUGGAAGACCAGGCCAGAUGCCAAAUCAUCAAAGCCAGGCAUAUUUGAAGCCUCCCGGCGCACAGAUGAUCUCUCAUGUGCCAUUCAAGAAGACAGCUGGGAUAGUGGUAGAAAGUUACAGAGACACCAGCAAGCCUGGAAGAGACAUCUGGGGCCAGAUGCCUUUGUCCAGAAGAAAAUAAUCACACCAGAGGGAGAUCUUGAGAAGAAUAAAUUUGGUGAAAACUCUAGAUCAGGCACGGACCUGGUUACACAAUUAAACAUUUCCUCAGGAACAGGAUCUAAUGAAUGUAAUACUCUUGGAAGCAACUUAGAACAUAAUUCAGACUCACUUAAUCAGAAUAGUAUUCUUAUAAAAAAGAAGCCCUAUAAAUGUAAUAAAUGCAGAAAAGCCUUUAUUCAUAGAUCAUCACUUACCAAACAUGAGAAAACUCAUAAAGGAGAGACGGCUUUCCCUAAUGGUACAGAUCAGGGAAUUUAUCCUGGAAAGAAGCACCAUGAAUGUACUGACUGUGGGAAAACUUUCCUCUGGAAGACACAGCUCACAGAACAUCAGCGAAUUCACACUGGGGAGAAACCCUUUGAAUGUAACGUGUGUGGGAAAGCCUUCAGGCACAGCUCGUCCUUGGGUCAGCAUGAGAACGCUCAUACUGGAGAGAAACCCUACCAGUGUAGUCUCUGUGGGAAAGCCUUCCAGCGCAGCUCCUCCCUCGUCCAGCACCAGAGGAUUCACACUGGGGAGAAACCCUAUCGGUGUAAUUUGUGUGGAAGAUCUUUCCGGCAUGGCACAUCCCUCACCCAGCACGAGAUUACACAUAGUGGAGAAAAACCCUUCCAGUGUAAGGAAUGUGGGAAAGCCUUCAGUCGGUGCUCGUCCCUUGUCCAGCACGAGAGGACUCAUACUGGAGAGAAACCUUUUGAAUGUAGCAUAUGUGGGCGAGCUUUUGGCCAGAGCCCAUCUCUUUAUAAACAUAUGAGGAUCCAUAAAAGAGGCAAACCUUACCAAAGCAGUAACUACAGCAUAGAUUUUAAGCACAGCUCACCUCUCACUCAGGAUGAAAGCCCGCUCACUGAAGUGAAAUCCUAUCAUUGUAACGAUUGUGGGAAAGACUUCAGUGACAAUGCAGAGUUCACUGACCAUCAGAGGGUGCACACUGGGGAGAACUAUGACUGUGAACAGGCCUUUGGCCAGCAACCACAUCCUCAUCCAGGAGAGAAACCCUAUCAAUGUAAUGUUUGUGGGAAAGCUUUCAAAAGGAGUACAAGUUUCAUAGAGCAUCACAGAAUUCAUACUGGAGAAAAACCCUACGAAUGUAACGAAUGUGGAGAAGCCUUCAGUCGGCGCUCCUCACUUACACAGCACGAGAGAACCCACACUGGAGAGAAACCCUACGAAUGUAUUGAUUGCGGGAAAGCUUUCAGUCAAAGUUCAUCCCUGAUUCAGCAUGAGCGAACUCACACAGGAGAGAAGCCUUAUGAAUGUAACGAAUGUGGGCGAGCAUUCCGAAAGAAAACCAACCUGCAUGAUCAUCAGAGAAUUCAUACAGGAGAAAAGCCGUAUGUUUGUAAGGAAUGUGGGAAAAACUUCAGUCGAAGCUCGGCUCUUACAAAACACCAGAGAAUUCAUGCCAGAAAUAAAUCCUAGAAACCCCAAAAUCAAGGAGUGCAGAACCCUUUUACUAAAAUAUUUUUCUUACACAGUAUGACAACAUUCAUACUGGAGAGAAAGUGUCAGAAUGUAAUUAUGUGUUUCUAUGUUGUGUGUGAAGAAAACUGUGCCAGUAGACUUUGUGUGAUUUUUCAUGAAAGCCACAUUCUUAUAUUUAAUUACAGAUUUUGUAAAAACAACUGCCGAUGUCUUAUGUAAAUGGUUGGAAAUGAUAUGCCUGUAUAUUGGGCAUUAUAAAGUUUUUGAAUAUAUGUAUGCACAGAUUCUCAACUCUUGAUAGCUUGACUCGUAACCUUAAUUGUUUACAGCCUUUUUAGAAAUAAACACCUGCAGCAAUGACCAAAAUUCAUUUUUCAAACUGUUUACAACUGUCCCAGCUGCAAAUUGGACAAAAUUUACUUUGGAAACCGAUCCCUGUUUCGAGAUUUCAAUGUUUCAAGAAUUAGAUCAACUAGUCCAGCCACUUUGGACAGAUGAAGAAACUGAAAACCAAAGAUGUGAAGUGGUUUACAGAUGCAGCUUUCUAAUGGCUCUGCUGGGCAGAGAUGCAGCUUACCUGGACCUUUGGCCCCAUGGUCUUGGCUCUGGGAAAAAGUUUUCUCGUUUUGUUUUAAUCCAGAGGGGUUUAUAGUAAAAUUUCAAAUAAAUUGGAUGCAGAGACACAGCAUUUAAUGAGCCCCCAUAGGUUGAACACUUUGGGAAUUAAUAAAGGUACGAGGCAGCAAAACUUACGCAGUUUUGUCACAGAUUUGUUUAAAGAGAUUUGUUGGAAACUUAUAAACCAAUAUGUUAACAAAGAUCUUAGAUGGUUGAAUUUCUGGUGACUCCUUUUCCCAACUCUCAUAAUUGUGUACACUUUAAGCAAACAGAUUUGUUUCAUACAAUGAA